AUAUUAUGGCUUUUAUUUUACAUAAAUCCUCUAUUUUUAAAGUGACAAAGGCCACAUUUAAUGAAAAGAUGGAUAUGGGAGAAAAUGUUUUAAUGAAAUUAUCUGUACCAACAUAUGAAGUUACAACUUUAAUAUUACAGGAGGUUUUAUCUUCAUUCAAAAAAGUACAUGGUAACGAUGAAUUAACAGAAAAAAUACUUCACCAAUUAUGGAAACACAUAAUGACAAAGUUGUUUGAAUUCGAUGAUCAACUGCUAUGUUCUACAUGUUUUUAUACUUUAUUAACACAUUCUAAGGCUCAGAAUAUCCAUUUACAUAAUAUAUUAAAUAUCAUAAACAAUGGUUCAGAAGAAUUUGACAAAGGCAAGGCUUUCUAUGCAAUGACAUUAAUGUAUGGUCUCUUUCAAUCAUCUUAUCUUACACAGAAAAAUAAACAACAAACUCAACUGAUGGAAAUAAUAUUGGAAGCAACAUUUAAGUUGCUAAUGCAAGAGGCAUAUAAAUAUUCUCAAUACACAUUCAUAGCAUUUAAAAUUAUAUCAGCAUUCAAAAAAGUAAUUGAUACUAAUUUUCAAUCCAGUAUCUUCAAUAGGAACAAUCAAAUAACAUUAUUGAAUGUAGUAAAUCAUAAUUGGGAAAAUCCAAUUACUGGUGUAAGAAAUUUGAUCCGAAAUAUAUUUCAAACACUUGUUUCCAUACUAGAUAAAGAUAUUUACCACACUAUUUUGAAAGAGAUUAAUGGCUUUUACUGGAAUAAAGCUAAGUUUCUGAUGUUAACAGAAAUUAUUGAACAAUCACAGAGUCCAAUGUAUGCAUUACUUAAUGAUAAUGGAUGGUUACAUGGUCUAAUCUACAGUUUGCAUAAACCUGGCCUUGUUUCUUGUGGAUCUGAUAUGUAUUUUGCUGUCCUUAAAAAUAUAAAAUCUGAUGAUGAGUGGUGUGAAAUAUUUUUUAAAGAUUUACACAUUAUAUUUAAUGGCACAUCACAUAAGGCAAUAGAAAACUUUUAUAACUAUUGGUGCUUGAUAACAUUAAAGAAAUUCCCUAUGCUUUUAGAUAAACUUUUAUUUGCUAUUUCAAAGGAGAAAACAGAAUCAAGUCUUUUAAGUGCUUUAUGUGUUAUGAAGCAGGGUAAUAAACUAGCAUUGCUCAAGAAAAGUUUGGAUAUAGAGAAAACGAUUGAACUGGGCCUUAGUUAUAAUAAUCCACAAAUACGUAUUAAAGCCUUUGAUAUAAUUUGCGUUUGUCAUGGAAAAUGUUUGCCGGAUCAACGAAAAUAUAACGCAAUACUUGAGUUUUUAUACAAUAAUAUAAACUCUGAUUGCACUGUUCUAAGAAUUAACAUGAUAAAUAGCUUCAACAGUUUUUUAACAUAUCUACAUAGUGCAUUCUUAAUAAAUCAAAAUAAUGAAGAACUCAAACAUUUCUUUCUAAAUUUGCAAAACCUACUCAAAGCUUCAAUUAAUUGUAAUGGCAACUAUCAGAGAAAAAUUACAUCCAUUAAACUAAUUGAUGUUAUAUUGAAACAUUUGAAUGCUGCUCCUAAAAAGUCAUCAAAACAAAGUACACAGACAUUAAUAGAAAUGCUUAAGAAGGAAAAUAUGUGGCACCUGUCAAGCAAAGAUUUUAUUAUUAAGUUACUAAGCUUGCUUAAGGAUCCCGCUGAUGAUAUACGGCAAUCUGUUCUACAAGUACUAUUGAAUUACUAUUCUAAUGAUCUUAAGUGUCAGUCAAUGUUUAAUUAUAUGACUGAAGAUGUAAUAAAAUGCACAGAGAGCAAAUUCUUUUUUGAUAUUGAUUGUGGAAAAAUUAUAUUUAAGUUAUUAAUUAGUAUUUUACUAAAAGAAAAUAUAGAUGGAAGAGUCAAAUGUGUACAAGAGUAUUUUGAACACUGGUAUAAUGCGUUGACAAAUGAAAUACAUCUUAAGAGGAAUGUAGUAGAUUCUAUACAUAAUGGAAAGCAACUUCAUUCAAUACUAGGAUUGUUAUUUGUUAUUAUUGAAAGUUCCUUAUAUUAUAAGUAUAAGCUUGAUUUAUCAAAUACAAAAAUUUUGAAAUUUGUUGAAAUUUUAGAAGAAAUUUCAAAUCAGUUUAUGAGUGAAGAGAAUAGUGCGGUUAGUUAUGACUUUUCAAGAAUGAAUGAGUUGGUUGAAUCUUUAAUAGAAAAAUCAAGUACAGAUAUAAAGAAUAAUGACGAAACAAAAAUAUCUGGUUUGCACCAAGUUGUGCUGAAUUGUCUUUGGUUGAAUGUGAAGAUGUCAUGUGAUACAUCUGCUUUAUUAAUUAUGUAUGUAGAAGAUGAAAAUAUCUGCAAUAAAUGUUUAAACGUAAUAGUGCAUGUUCUUGAAACGUGCAGACAUAAAGGUGCAAUAGAAGCAGCGGGAUCUGCGUUAGGAAAGAGUAUUCAGCACUUAACUUCACUACCAGUUGGUUCUGAUUUAUCGAAAUUACCAUUUAUUUUAUUAGAGAGAAAAUUAAAGGAAUUAUUACUGGAAGCCAAAAUGGCGUCUGUUACUCGAAGGGGAGCUGGAUUGUCUAUCAUGGUACAUAGGAUUGUUUCCAGCGAUAUGAAGAAAGGAAAGCCCCUAUUUCACUACUUCAUGAAUAUUUUGCUAGAAGCUUGUAAGGAUUUGGACGGAAUAAACGAUUGUAAUCCUGAAAAGGAUUUGCCCAAAGCCAUCCACAUACACUUUUUAACUCGAAUCGUGAUGGACAGUAGUCUCGCUUCAGAAAUGAUGUUUUAUUCAGCAAGAUUAGCAGAAGUUGCAUUCAAUAACUUAAGGAGUUCACACUGGCAAAUCAGAAACGCCGCACUACAACUAUAUGGGGCACUUAUUCCUAAGUUAAUAGGGCAGAAAAAGGCUUCUGGUCUUGAUGAAGAAACUGUAUCCACUGUUGCAUGUGAUGAAUUUAGAACUCAUUCACCAAAAUUAUGGGAUUUUAUUGGAAAUCAAUUGGAAAAUACUGAUGAUAAUUUAUUAAGCCAUUCAGAUUUGGUUCCAAUUUUAAAUAUACUUUCUAGUGUUGCUAGAAGGUAUAAUUUUUCAUACAAAUCGAAAGAAAAUUUAAAAAUUCACAGUUUCGCAUUGUUGCUUGGUAGUCAAAUAUACACUGUAAGACGAUUGGCUUCCAAUUGCAUUUUAAAUCUUUAUUCAUUUCAAGAUAUUUACACAUUUUUGAUGAGUUUCGAUAGAAUUUCUGAAAACUCUUUACAUGGGACUAUGUUCCUACUGGAAGGUUUUUUAAAAGUAUACAAAUCUGAAUUAACAGAUGAAAAUUUUUGUGAAUUAAAAGAAAAGUUUAGUUGCCUUUUCCGAGGACGCUGUUCUUAUUUAAGUCGGACUAUAUUAGAUAAGAUGUUUUUCGAUAAAGUUCCAAAUAUGUGUAAAGUAAGUUGUGAAGCAAGAAUGAAUAAAUAUUUGCCUGGGGUAUAUCUAUGGGCAAACAAUAGAAUUCAAAUUUUUAUAAGAACUGCAACUUGGAAUGAAAUAGCCAAUAAUAUACACAUUUUAUUAACUUUUGAUGAUUUUGAACAACACAGUCAACAUCUUUAUACGAAAAUUGAAGAAGAUGAAAAUAUUCCUAAGGUGUUGAUAAAUAUUGCAAAUAAAAUUAUAACAUCGGGAAUUGGCAAAAAUUCCUAUGGUGUUUGGAAAUUUAUAUACAAACUCUCCAAAACCCUUACAAAUAAUCAUUUAAUGGCUCUUGAGUGUACUCAUACUGUAAAGGAGCUGUUAAAUGGGACAGAGACUUUAUAUAAAAUCCGUUAUUUAAUUCCUUUUGCAGCAAAAAUUCUAUCAAAUUCUGAAACUUAUGGCAUAUCAAAAAUAAUUUAUGAUUUAUGUAAUCCUAUAAAAAAUGAAACUGACAUGAGAUAUAUAGCUGCGUUAGCUAACAAUGAACUCGCAGAGAAAUUUAUUAAUUUAUCAGAUGAAGUUAAAAUUAAUUCAAUUAAAUCUGCACUUAUUUUACUUCAAGACGAAGAUGAAGACAUCCGAAACACAAGUACAGAUUUCUACAAAAAUAUAAAAAAAGAACAUUAUCAUGCCUUUAUUUGUCUAAUUAAAAUACUGAGUAAAGAAUUUAUGGAUUCAGUUUUAAAUAAACCAAAACAAGGUGUUGAUUAUAUUUUGUCAGAUUUGAAUAAUUUUAUUGAGUUAAUUAUAGAGAAAGAUAUAAACAAUUACAAUCCUUUUGCUAAUGAUUCGAAAAAUAUAUAUUUAGAGGACAAUUUUAUAAAAACUUUGUUACAU